GCAUCAAGAAUUAUGCGAUCACGUCCUACAAGUAGUGGCAUCAAAUUACAAACCAAGCAACAAUUUUAAACCGUAUUUUUGGUGCAUUUAUGAGCCGAAUGUGUAAAAUACUGUGAUUUUGGUGUAAGAAGAGCCCCAAAGUCGUUUUCAACUCCGGAAUGGCGCGUUUAAUGAAACCGAUAAGUUUGAGCCAGUUGACUCAAGAAGGGUUCCAGUUUGAGAUUGACACCAGCUACAUUGAAGACCCCAGUUCCGACCCCGAAGACACUCCCGAUAUUUUGGAGAAGAAAAUCGAAAACAGCAACAAGGAAUGCCUGGGAAUUUUCGACGAAGACGUGUACGAGGAAGGCGAGCCGUUUGAAAUAAUCGCCCGCAAAAUGUGCAAUCUCACACCCAACGGUAAAAUCAAAAAGCGCGUCAUACGGGAGGGUAACGGGGAAAAGCCACAAGAGUUUGCUAAAGUUAAAAUCAACUACAACGCGUAUCUCGAAUACGAGGAAAGUCCGUUUGACUCGACUUAUGUUCGCAAUAAACCACUCAAUUUUACCAUCGGUAACGGUAAGGUUUUACCGGGGCUCGAUUUUGCGGUACAGUCAAUGACGGUUAACGAAAAAUCUCAAUUUUUAAUUGAUCCCGAAUAUGCGUACGGUAGGAGUUGUUUAAUCGGUCGUGUUCCUCCAAACGCCACAGUUCUGUUCGAAAUUGAAUUAAUCAGUGUUGUUAAUUGCGGUGCUGCGGUCACUUAUGAGACACUUCCCGAAGAACUACAAAGCAGUUUCACUGAAAUCCACAAAUAUUGCGUUGCGCUCUGCGAGAGGGGUAAGAAGUCGUUCAAAGACCGUGAUUACAAACACGCGAUCAAAAACUACAAUACGGCGGCCACCAAGCUUGAAAAAACGGUUUUGGGGGGAAAGGACGAGAUUGAGCUUCAACGCGAGUUGUUGUUGAAGUUGUACACGAACUUGUUGAUUUGCUACGCGCGUUCUGGUGAACCUAGGAAGGGGUGUUUCAAUGCUAAGAAAGUGUACGAUUUGACUGAGGAUGGGGAGUUGAUGAAGAUCCCCAUCAAGGUUUAUUUUAAUCAUGCCAAGUGUUUGCGCAUUUUGUCCGAUUAUGACAAGGCCAAAGAAGUUUUGGACAAGGCGUAUAAAGCGGAACCAAAGAACCCGGAAAUAGCCAAUGAAAUGUUGAAUCUGAGUAGGGAUAGGACGGAGCAUAAGGACAAGCAAAUGGCCUUUGCAAAGGCCCUCGUUAAUAAUUGAGAUUUUAAUGUGACGUAUUAUGAUUCCCAUAAUUAAUACGUCGUCUAUUUUGCAUACUAUGUAUUGUUAAAUGUAAUUCAAAUAUUUUUUUAUAAAUAUAAUAUGUGAUAAUAGA